UGGUGUCUCACACAUCUUACAAUCUAUCAAUUUAUUAUCGAGGACUUUCUACGAGACCUCCAUCACAAAUUCUCAGCUGACGAGUGUUUCUCUAGGACUCUGAAUCUUCACCGGAGGAUAUUUUCACUCCGCGAUUCGAGAACCUUAAAGUGAAAAGGCUUGACGUUUAAAAGGUUUCUGGUUAUAUCCUGCCCCGUCAUGAUUUCGAAGAGUUCUGUUUGAACAGUCCUGAAUACAGUAAGAACGACAUAAGUGGAAUUAUCGGAGACCAAUAAGGUCUUGAAGUUGAUCGAUCUACGGCCGAUAUUUUUGAAGAAUCGGUGAAUUCAAUUCAUCGACUCGUGGAGACAGAAGGUAGAUGGAUCUAUUUUGAUAUCUGACAGAACUGUUCUCUCUCUCAGCUACAUAAAUUUCGCAUCGAGGUGGGGAUCAAUCUCGGGACUGAGUGCGUGGAUCGUGCAUGUCCGAAGUCGACGAUUCACAAAUCACGGCGAUGAAGAUGAGUAAAGUGGGCAACCAGACCAAUUCGCAGGACCCACAGGCAGUGAAUUCACGCGUUUUCGUCGGGAACCUGAAUACAUUUCAAUGUAGCAAGACCGAUGUGGAACGAAUGUUCCAACGUUAUGGCCGCCUGGCUGGUAUCUCUAUGCACAAGGGUUAUGCAUUCGUGCAAUUCACAAACCCGUUUGACGCACGUAGUGCGUGCCUCGGUGAAGAUGGUCGUACCGUCCUCAGCCAGAUUCUCGAUGUGAAUAUGGUAGCCGAGCCAAAGCCUCACCAAACUGGACGCAAGCGACAGAACGUAUCCAAAACUGGCAAUGACUGGGACUACUACUAUGACAGUUAUUACGCGUCGACCGCGUUUCCGCCGCGCUUAGCACCGCCGUUGAAGCGGCCGCGUCUGAUGCCACCGACACGAGCACAACAUCCGAAGCUACAGAAACAACAAUCGACAGUAAACACCGGCACGAUACCCGACUUGAAUCAACUUAAAGUGUACAGCAAUCCAGAUAUACUGAUCUGCGGCAACUGCAGGGAGAUGUUCACGGAACUCGGGGAGCUGUUGGAGCACAAGCGGAACUACUGCAAGCUGCGGUUCACAUGUAAAUGUCACACCUUCAACGGAGCCGCCCCAAAUUAUUUAUUAACGUCCCGCGCUCCCGCACGAACAGGAGACUCGACGACGGCGUUACUCUGCGUCCUCUGCAAGUUAUCCUUUCCAAGUGCUUGGGAAUUGAUGGUCCAUGCCCAAGCAGCUCACAUGAUCAACAUUUACGAGUUGGGCACAAGAGCGCCGAGCCCGUCACGAAGCCCUAGCCUUGACCAACCGAAGGAGUCGUCGCCUUCCCCGCAGGAUUUCCAGGAAAUCAAGGCUACGGAUUGCGAAGAGCGCGCAGAGGAGGAGGAACUUGAUGGACAUGAGUUAAUACCGUCCCCCGACAGUGGCAAGUCAACGGACAACGAAGCGGCUCUGUCGCCGAUCAAGAUUCGAUCUGACGUUAACGGGUUGGAUCACGAAGACUGCGACGAAUUGAUCCACGUCGAGAACACUACACAAGCAUGCAUCAUGCAUACUCUCAGCAUUGAUUCGUCCUUGGAGCUAAAUUCUGAUACGAACUCGAGAACAACUUCUGGAACGGUGAUGGCCUUGACCAAUGGUUCAUUAUCGGCAAAGGAAUAAAUGAGGAAAAAGAAAAAAAAAUGUUAAAAGAAACGAUAAAAAGAGAAUAUUCAUCGGAACGGUCUUCCCCGGCCAACCAACGAGACAUAUCGAUCUCCUUUAAGGAUAACGCACCCAUUUGUAUAUAGCUUAAUUGCCUAACAAAUUAUAUUCAGGAUCGUUAGAUCCCGUGGUCUAUGCCGGCUGAUCGAAUAUCGAUCAUUUUCCCAAAAGGAAAAAAUAUCAGUUUCAUUCUGGACUCUUU